AUGGAUUGGGGAGCUCUGCACACCAUUUUAGGAGGGGUCAAUAAGCACUCCACCAGCAUCGGGAAGAUAUGGCUCACAGUACUGUUCAUCUUCCGCAUCAUGAUCCUGGUUGUGGCUGCAGAGAGGGUCUGGGGAGACGAACAAGAUGACUUCAUCUGCAACACUCUGCAACCUGGUUGCAAGAAUGUUUGCUAUGACCACUUUUUCCCCAUCUCUCACAUCAGACUCUGGGCCCUGCAGCUGAUCUUUGUUUCCACACCUGCAUUGCUGGUGGCCAUGCAUGUAGCUUACAGGAGGCACGAGAAGAAGAGGCAGUUCAGAAAGGGAGACCAGAAAUGUGAAUACAAGGACAUUGAAGAAAUCAGACAACAGAGGUUUCGUAUCGAGGGCUCUUUGUGGUGGACGUACACCAGCAGCAUCUUCUUCAGACUGGUCUUUGAAGCAGUCUUUAUGUAUGCAUUUUAUUUCAUGUAUGAUGGGUUCCGAAUGCCUCGCUUAAUGAAGUGUAAUGCUUGGCCCUGCCCCAACACAGUAGACUGCUUUGUUUCUCGACCUACUGAAAAGACGGUGUUCACUAUUUUCAUGAUUGCUGUGUCCAGCAUUUGCAUUCUUUUAAAUGUGGCUGAAUUAUGUUACUUACUGACAAAAUUUUUCCUCAGAAGGUCUAAAAGAGCUGGAAAUCAAAAACAACACCCCAACCAUGAGACUAAAGAAGAAACCAAGCAAAAUGAAAUGAAUGAGUUAAUAUCUGAUAGCUGUCAGAACACAGUUAUAGGGUUUACAAGUAGCUAAGGUGGUAUCAGUACUGGUGUUCACUCUUUUUGGAGUGAAUGUUCUUUGUUUAAAGGCUGCAAAUGAAAUUUGUUAUAUGAAACAAUUUUAAGUUGGUGAGACUUUCAUACAUAGUCUCAGGUGUUAAUUAUGCACGCUUGAAGGAAGUCAGGGCAGCCUAAACAUGUGAAGAUUGUGUGAGGAUUAAAUAGGAAAGUGUAUCUUCCUAUGAGUAUCCUUACAAGCUGACUACAACAAGUGGGAAGCCCACUAAUACCU